AUGAAUGUAAGGACCUAUAUGAAGAACAAGAGCUGCUACGUUAUACUCUAUGUGGCGAAACUGGCGGAGAAACAUGCGAUUCCGAUGCACCCUCGUUUGUCAAAAGCGCCAUCGGAAAUGUCGGUCCUAAUCCCCUUGCUGGAAGUGAAUUCAAAGCCAUCAGUAUUGUUUACGAAACGAUCCAUUCAUUUGAAGAGUCACCGAGGUGAAGUGUGCUUCCCAGGUGGUAGAAUGGAAAAGGGAGAAUCUAUCGAACAAUCGUCUUCACGCCGUACCACGUCACUUCAUAAGACCUAG